AUUGGGCUUUUGGUGUAGACGAUGACUGGGCCUACAUAACUAAGGGCCCAAUAAUUUCAACAAACCAUUGUUGUGUAGAACUCCCACAGACAAGUUUGUUUUCUGGUUUCUUUGAGCAAAUUGGAGAACUCAGAACAGAGCUGUAGCGCCAAGUCAGGCCAUACAUAGUAUAGUUCAGGUUGGCACCAUGUCCCGUUCCAGAAAUAUGAUUGUGGCUGCUGGUUUAGUGGCAUUUGCAGGUGCAGGCUUGGCAUUUCCCUUUUAUAUGGCGUCGGCCAAGACGCCUGUUAUUGACCCAUCAAAGCCAUUGUCACCCCAGGCAACAUUUCGAGGGCCGUAUAUAAACACUGGCUCUCGCGAUGUUGGACCUGAUCACCAGACAUACACCAAAAAGUCAUAAGGCUUUUUUUUCCUAAACUGAGAAGGUUUGGUGUGUUUUUUGUUGGACUGUCAUCAGAACUCUGAAGUCAACUAUGGAAACUAUCUGUGCAGAAAGCUUGGGAUUGAAUCCAAUGUUUUCUUCUUUGGUUGCUGCAGGAUAGUCUUUUGAAGAAGAAGAAGAAAAUGUAUUUAGGAUAACGGUGUAGAAACCAACCCAAUCCCAACAUAUAUUAUUAUAGUAGCAAAAUUGGUUUAUUUGUAUCAUGAUGAGGGUGAUUAUUUCACCACAUUAACUAGCAUAAUUGUUGUGUAAUUAAUAUCAUCUUAUUAUAUAUUAUUAUAUUUGUUAUA